AUGUAUAAGGAGACAGUGAUCAGCUGUCGACCUGAUAGAGAAAUUCGGAAAACUAUUUUAGCACCCGGCGACUAUACUAUAGUGCCGUAUGAAGAUGCUCGAUGUAAAAUAAGAUUGAGCGAUGUAAAAUGUAAAAAUAAGGAUGGUCCAUGCGAUUUAAACGUGCCUGAGAGCCGAAUAUUUAAUCCUCCUUUCGACGGCAAUGUGAUAAUUGGGGAUAUGGAUGCAUUUAUUGAUAAAGAUUUUGAGUUGAUCUUACAACAGAUGUGCCACCAUGAGGUGUCUGUCGCUCGUUUAAUUUAUAAAAAUGCUCAUGGGGAUCUUGUUAAAGAGGUAUCUUGCAGAAUACACAUGAUAGAUAUUACUGAGGAACAGUUGAUUAGUGAUUGGAGCUGGGCUAGGCUGUAUGAAUCUGCUGUGCAUCAUAAGGAAAGAGGGGUGCAACUAGUAAAGGACAAAAGGAUUGUAGAUGGAUUUAGAAGAUUUUCAAAAGCUCUGAAAAUGCUUGUAGCAAUUGAGCCAGUUGAAAAAGGAAGUAUGGAUAAUGAGAGAGCCAAGGAGUUGGUCAAUUUAAGGGUUAAACUCUUCAAUAACAUGGCACACUGUCAGCUUCAGUUUGAAGAGUUUGGCGCUACAUUGGACCUCUGUAGCAGAGCCCUUACAUAUGACCCGGACAAUAUUAAGGCCCUGUACAGGCGAUGUAUUGCAUACAUAGGGCUACAUAUGUAUGAAGAGGCUUGGGAAGAUAUCCAAAGAGCUCUCCACAUUGAUCCCAAUGACAAAGCAGCAUUGCAGAAAGCAUCUGAAUUGAGGCCUCACAUUGAAAGGAUAAACAAGGAUUAUGCAAAUUUUACCAUACAGUCGUCUAACGAAGAUAUC